AUGGAGAGUGUUAAGACUGACAACGAGAUGGUCUAUCCUGAGAUCAUUGUGGAAGUGGGCAGAGUCACUUUUGGAGAAGAGAACAGGAGGAAGAUGAGCAAUAGCUAUUUGAAAAGAAGUGAGAAUUCCAAAAUCAUCCAGGCUACAUGUGCACUGUUAAAUUCUGGAGGGGGUGUGAUCAAAGCAGAGAUUGACGAUAAGACCUACAGUUAUGGAUACCAUGGGCUGGGGCAGGAUCUGGAAACAUCUUUUCAAAAGCUCCUUCCCUCUGGGUCACAGAAAUACCUUGACUACAUGCAGCACAGGCACUAUCUCCUGAUUUUUGUGAAGUCAUGGACCCCAGAUGUUCUCAGCCUCCCCCUAAAGAUUUGCAGCUUGCGCUCCAAUUUGUAUCAGAGGGCUGUGACUUCUGCUAUCAACCUGAGUGCCAGCAGUGCCCUGGAGCUUCUCAGAGAAAAGCAGUCUAGAGCCCAGAGAGGAAGGUCAACAGUGAGGGCACUGGAGUCUCAGAAAGUUCUUGACAGAGGCAUUCAGGAAGAGGAAGGUAUGAGAAUGUCUGCCACAGAAUUCUUUAAAAGGGACAGACUCACAUAUAAGGAGAAACUCAGCUUUACCGAAUCAACACAUGUGGAGUUUAAAAGGUUCACCACCAAAAAGAUUGUGCCUCGGAUUAGAGAGAUGCUGCCUCAUUACAUUUCUGCAUUUGCCAACACGGAUGGGGGAUAUCUAAUUAUUGGGGUGGAUGAUAAAAGCAAGGAAGUGUUUGGAUGUAAGAGCGAAAAAGUGAGCCCUGACGUAUUAAAAAAUGUAAUCAAAAACUGCAUAGAAAAACUGCCUAUAUUCCACUUUUGCUGUGAAAAGCCAAAGGUGAAUUUCACUACCAAGAUACUGAAUGUGUACCAAAGAGAUGUUCUGUACGGGUACGUCUGCGUGGUUCAAGUGGAGCCUUUCUGCUGUGUGGUAUUCACAGAGGCCCCAGAUUCCUGGAUCAUCAAGGAUGGGUCUGUCUCAAGGCUGACAACUGAGCAGUGGGUGACCAAGAUGCUGGAUAUUCAACCAGCCCCUUCCAGUUCCAUCACAAACUAUAGCUUUCCCUUGAUUUCACCGACUUCCUCUGCACCAAGAAGCCCAUCAUAUCCCACAAAAGUCCUGGAAUUUAAGGGAGAUCUUCAGCAACGUUUGCUUCCAGUGACACAGGACAAGAUUCAAUUUAAACCAGAAUUCUUCUGUAAGAAGCUUUUUACAGAUUAUAGAGAACUGGAGGAAUUGAUGAAGAAGCAGAUAUAUCCUUAUUCUCGGGGGAUUAUGCUAUUUUCUAGAAGUUGGGCUAGUGAUCUCGGCUUACAGAAGGAGCAGACUGUUCUGUGUGAUGCUCUCCUUAUAGCACCUAGCACCCCCCUGGUCCUCUAUACAAUCUUAACAGGCCCCGCUACGACUGGUCACCAUGAGUAUGUCCAAAACGUUGCUCGUCAGUUAAAGCAAAAACUGGGAACUGUUGGCGGCUACACAGGGAAAGUGUGUGUUAUUCCAAAGCUGAUACACCUGCGCAGCACACAGCCUACACCCCACAAAACCCCAGUGCAUUAUCCCCAGUCCUACAGGCUUGCUGGUGAGGAUGAAAUGGAAGGUGUGCUGCAGGCCCUCGUUGUGGUCUUGCUGGGCUCGAGAUCUCUUCUGAGUGACCAACUGGGCUGUGAAUUCUUCAACUUGCUCAUAGCAGAGCAGUGUGAGUUGCUCUCCGGGAGCCUCCAGGAGACACGAGAAUUGUUUGUCUACUGCUUUCCAGGAACCAGGAGGACAGCCCUCGCUGUGAGGGUCAUGGAGAAGAUUAAGGACUUGUUCCACUGCAAGUCAAAGGAGAUCCUCUAUGUCUGUGAAAGUGACUGCUUGAAGAAUUAUGUGGCCCAACAAACAACUUGCCAAGCAGUGACCAGGAAAAACUUCAUGCAAUGGGAGUUCCGAAAGAUUAAACAUGUAGUGAUGGAUGAGAUAGAGAAUUUCCGCAGUAACUAUGGUGAUUGGUUCCUGAAGGCUAGGAGCAUCACCCACCCAAAGGUGAGGGGCACUGCAAGUGAAAACCUCCACCAUGGGAUUUUCUGGCUUUUUUUGGACCCUUUCCAAGUCCAUCAUGCAGAUGUCAAUGGCCUUCCUGCUCCAUCUGCACAGUUUCCUCGAAAAGUAGUCACCAAUGGGAUCCACUGUGCUCUGGAAAUAGCAAUGGUCAUGAAAAAAGAAAUGAUGAGGAUCAAAGAUAAACCUCCCAGCCACAUGUCUCUAGACACACUGGCAUUGUUCAGGGAAGCUGCCUACGAGGAAGCAGUGUGUGCCCAGGCUCUGCCUGGGGUGUGCGAGAUCCAGUCCAACUUGACAACAGAACAAAUCACAAAAUAUGUGGCGGAAAGAUGUCACAGUCUGUUCCAAUGUGGAUAUCUGCCCAAAGAUAUAGCAAUUCUGUGCAGGAGAAGGGAAGACCGAAGGCGCUAUGAACUUGCACUGCUAACAGCAAUGGAAUUCAUUGAGAUCCCCGGAGCAACAGAAGUUGUGUUCAGCCAGGCUGAUGGUGUUUUGGGCAGUCACAUCAUCUUAGACAGUAGUGAGCAGUUUUCAGGCCUGGAGAGAAAUGUUGUGUUUGCACUUAGUCCAGAAUGUGCCCUGUCAGAGGAAGCUCAUAAACUCUGUUUUGCCUCAAAAGCCAUCAAACAUCUCUACCUGCUUUAUGAAAAGAGGGCAGGCUUCUGA